CAACCUCAACUCACAACCUCAACCCUUCAUAUACCCGAACAAGUCUCUUCGGUACCUAGACAAUUCCCUAGCUGUCCCGUAACGCUUAAUUCUCUCCACGCCACAAUGUCCAGAUCCAGACUACCCCUCGCUCUUGGCCUGACGGCCGCCGGCGGUAUCGGUUACUACCUAUACAGCGCAGGUGGUGAUACCAAAGUAGCUCAGAAGCAAGCUGAAGCCGACGCACACAGAGUCUCCGCGCAGUUGAAGUCAGACCUACCGGGUCGAGGAGAGGAGGCGAAGAAGAAUGCGGAGAAGUAUGGCGCCCAAGCAGGCGCAAAGGUUGACAGUACUCUGGGCAAGACACAAGCCGAACUGCAAAAGGCCGCCGCCGAAGCUGAAGCCUAUGCGAAGGACACCAAGAAUGCCGCUUUGAAGAAAGUAGACGAGUUCGACAAGAAAGUGGAGACCGAAGCAUCUAAAGCCAAGAGUGGUAUCUCGAGCUGGUUUGGUGGCGGUGGAAAGUAAAUGAAGCACAUUAUUCCUGGGUAUGGGUUGGGAGUCAGUAAUUUUCGAGUAUUGAACUCGAAUGGAUGAAGGAAGUUUUUUUCCUGUACGAUUGAUGUCUAUACGUAUCAUAAUAAUCAUCCUCACCUGCAGA